CCAAAGCUCUGCUACAACACGCAAUGUGGAGUGGGGUGAACCGGUGCCUUCGUCGCUUAUGUCAGGUUUUUACACGGAUAAGACAAAAAGACAAGAGUUUGAAAACGUUUUGAAGGGAACUGAGACUGACGCUUGGACUCAUUCGCUUCUUGCAUUGUGACAAUUCGAUAUGGAGGAGCUACUCUGGGACCGAUAACAAGUAAAGGAUAGGCGGGAAAAAAACGGAAAGCAUUUCAACACAAAGAGAAAACUUUCCACAGACCAACGCAAAACAUCAUGUCCACCUCAAUAAAGCAGGAGAGAACCAUAUGUGUUCUCCUCCCCAACAAAGACCAGCUGGACAUCACUGUCGGGCUAAAGUCCACGGCGCAGGAUGUUUUUAAUCGAGUGUCAGAAAUUCUUGGAAUCAAGGAGCUGCACUUCUUUGGCCUCACGGUGGUGAAAGACAAUGAGCACAUAUUUUUAGACAUGGAUGAAAAACUGACAAAAUACUUUCCUAAGGAGUGGAGGCAAGAUGCAGUAAAGGGAGUACACAAGAGACCGCUGCCUCUAUUACUCUGCCUCAAAGUGCAGUACUACGUAGAGAAUGGUAGACUCCUUUGCGAACGGAAGGCAAGGCGCCUAUAUUACUCUGACUUGCGGGAACGGGUUCUUCGCUCUGAAUGCCGUCAGCAGGAGGAGGUGUACUUCCAGCUGGCAGGCUACGCUCUACAGGCUGACCUCGGUGACCACCCUCUGCCUAGCGAGGGUAUGGAGGUCACCCCUUAUUUUGAACCUAAGGAGUACUUCCCCCCCUGGAUUAUAGCUAAACGUGGCGUGAACUAUCUGCUCUGCCAUGGGCCCAAGGUGCAUCAGGAGCUGUGGGGCAUGUCUUCCCGAGACGCCACUCUCCUCUUCAUCAGGGAGUCGUGUCAGCUGGAGGACGUACCCGUCACGUUUUACAGAUUGCAAAAGGACAAAAAGGAGGAGAGGGGUACGGCGCUGCUUGGCCUGACCCUGCGAGGAAUGCAGGUUUAUCAGGAGGUGAACAAUGUGCGACAGCUGCUGUAUGACUUCCCCUGGUCAAAUGUUGGACGUCUUACCUUCCUGGGAAAGAAAUUCGAGAUCCAGCCAGAUGGCUUGCCAUCAGCCAGGAAGCUGGUUUACUACACGGGAUCGUCGUUCCGCUCGCGCCACCUCCUCUUGCACCUGAGCAGCAGCCACCAGCUCUACCUCAGCCUUCAGCCUGCCCUGAAACACCUCCGCCAGCUGGAGGAGAGCAAAGAAAAGAAGUGUUACAGAGAGUCGUACAUCAGCGACGACCUGGAUCUGGACCCGCAGGGCAGUGAAAGCAGCCCUGGUCUGUCCAGACACUCCACCAGCAGCUCUGGAAUCGAAGCAGAUGCACGACAGCACAGCAUCAAUGCAGAGAUGGUCUCCAUGGAGGAGGAAGGGCAACAGCAAACGGAGAAAUGUUUCAGCUCGGCGACCAGUCAAGGCAGCUCCUGCACCUCUGGGUUCGACACGGGCAGCAAGGCUCGAAUAGAAGAUGAAGAAGAAGAAGAAGAGAUCCUCACCUGUGUGGAAGCUCUUGUAGAUGAUCCCGAUGAGAUGUUCCAGUUGGCUGAUCUCCUUGAAGGAGUGUCAGUAGAUGGUGCAGAAUUUUCCCCAGAGAUUCACUCACCUGCAGACAGCGAAGGGUGUCCUUCAGACAGUCAUCAUGAUGCUGGGAAACUAUAUGACAAGGAUGUGUUAAAACAGAUGUUGAAACCUAAAACGCAAGUUUGCGUGGAUCGACACAGCCACAGUCUCGAUGACGUUCGUCUGUUCCUGCCCCCGGCACCCCUGGGGUUGAUACUGCCACCUGAUUCCUCCCACAGCUACACCUAUGGGCUCCCAGACGCCUCAACAAACACAAAGGCCUCUGUCAACAACAGUUAUUACCCCCAUUUGCACUGCCAACCCAAACCUUCCUUCUACGGCCGUAGGUCUACCAACUGCCUCUCCCUGGACAUGCUGGAUGAUGAACAGUUCCUGGAACUCAUACUCUGAAUAUUUCAAGUUCAGAUGAACACACAAUUGAACUUACAGGUCGUCAACACAUGACUGUCUCGUUGUUUUCCGUGAUGGUGGAUGAGUUUACUUUUACAAAUUGCAGAGAGACAUUGUUGAAAAUGGCCGGAUCCUGCAUUCUUCUUCCAAAAGCUGUGGAUUAGAUGAGAGAGAUCUAAUUCAGCAACAUUACAGUUAGCGAACGGAGCAUAUUUAUUAAUGUUUUAUGUUGUGUACAUAUUACUUGCACUAUUUUAUUACAUUUAAACAUGUUUAAUCAAAGUUAUUGUCGGUUGUAAUGUUCAACGUCAGAGGCAUGAAAUUUGGCAGUAAUGGAUGCUGCAGUUGUGUGCAGCGUUAACCUAAUUUACUUGCCAUUAGCCUUGUUAUGUAUGCAAACAUUUCCUUGUUUUAUUCAGGAGAAACUUCAAAAGCCAUGGUGCUCAUGUCUGUGCUCCUGUAUACCUUUUAUCACCCUCUUUAAAAAUGUAUAUAUUUUAUAAUCCACAGUUUUUAUAGUGUUCUCUGACAUGCUUUUCUUAUUAGUCUUGUGCAGCAAUGUGCUGUAGCUACUAAUGUUGAAAAUUUAACCGCUCUGCAGCAGGCAGUGCAUUCAUCCAAAGCUGCCCCAUUCAAUACUGUACUGCAGCUGUCCUAAUUACAACAGAAAAGUAUUAUUUGUGAAGCACUAUUUCUGUAACCAGCGAGUAUACAAUGAAUUUGCAGUAUUUUUUUAUGUAACUCCUGAGCAAAAAUUCCAUCUCCUUCUCCCCCCUCAUUGAUUGUUUGUUACAAUUUUGUACAUAAUACCUUUUAUUCAACAUGUGGUCAACACUAAUAGAUGUCAGUCAUUAAACAUGGAAAAACGAUCACA